AUGGAAUUGAAUGAUGUACUGAGUGUUCAAGCAGAUAUAGAUAAGAGGGUGCUAACUUAUAAUGAUAAAAAUGAUAGAUCUAAUAACGAUAUCACAGAUGGCACCAAUAAUUCAAGUACAAAUAACUUGACUUUAAUAACGUUACCAGCGGAUGUAAUAAAUUUGAUAUCAACACAUCUUCAACCACUGGAUUUUAUAAACCUAUCAAUUUUGAAUAAACAAUUUAGAUCAUAUUGGAUUAAUAUAAUAUUUAGGAAAAUUAAAGUCUUUUGGUCAAAUUUAAUUAAUGCGGAUGAUUCAUCAUUUUUAAUAAAACAUUUCAAAUAUGUGGUAAAUCAAAUAAGAAUAGUUGACAGUUAUCUGAAUGGAGAUUGGAACUUAGACAUAUUUGAAGAUUUUCUUUGGAACUUUCAUAAGUUAAGAAAACUUGUGAUAAAUACAAAAAAUUCAAGUGGGUGGUUAAAGUAUAGAGCAAAUGAUAGAAUUACUGACUUAACACUUCAUUAUGAUCCACGUCAUUCCAAAGAUGAAAUACGAAAUAGUGAUAGAUCCGUGAAAAUUUUUAAUAUUGAACAUUUGGGUAACUUCAAGAUGUUAAAAAAAUUAAGUUUAUCCUAUUACGAACUAAGUUGGGAUCCCAGCUUGAUUACUCAUCCAGUAUUAAUUUUGGAGAGCUUAUCACUUUACAAUUGUGCUUGGGAUUAUCCUUUUGAAAUAUCUUUCUUCAAUUACAAUAACUGUUUACAUGAAUUAAGUCUAAAAUAUGCCUAUGAGUUUGAAUUUUUCAUUAAAACCGAAAGAUUUUCUAACUUGCUAAAAUUUGAAUCUGAUGAUAAGAGAUUUGAUCUAAAAAGCUUAGAGAUUUUAAAAAUCAAUUUUGGAAAUACAAUGCUGUCUAAGGAGAUUCUGCAACAACUUUCAAUUAAUAGGGUUUUGUUUCAAAAUUUAUUAAAAUCUAAAAAUUGUUUACCAAAUUUAAAAGAGAUAUAUCUAUUAAACUGGAAGUUCACAUCCAUGAAUGAAUUGUUAAGGAUGCCAUACACGGAUUUCAAUAUUGCGAAGGAAAACUUGAGGAAGGUUGAAAUACAAGUGUUGGAUUCAACAAUACUUUUGAAAGGAUAUGAGGCGAUUAAUUGGCUGUCGUACUUGAGAAUUCCGAAUUACUAUAAUAUACCAACAUCAAAAUUAGUGCAGCGAAAUCAACAAUAUAAAUUACAAGAGUACAACUCGACAUUAUCAUUCAUACUAAACUAUCCAAUUACUACGAUUGAUAAUGAACUAUCUAAUGAUGUUAGCAUUAUUUCGUUGAAUUACAAUACAAAGAAACCAAUUAAAAAAUCACUAUUGAUAAAACUUAAUAAUUACAAUAAUUCAAUAUUUACAAAUAAUGAUCUACUCAAUAUUAAACUUUGUUGGCCAGCUACAUUUCCUUAUGAUUUUACAUUGAAUGAAGAGUAUAUUAAAACAACAGAUUAUUUACAAGAUGAAGAACCUGAAUUAGACCUUUAUUUAAGAAUUGAUUAUGAAUUUUUUGGAAAGACUUAUGAUGAAAAAUAUUUAAGUGAUAAUGAUCUGCUACAAUUUCAGUUAUUUAUUUCAAAAUUACCUAAUAGAUAUUUACCUAUCCCCUUGGAGUUAUAUGAUUUCUUGAUCUUUUUUGUUGAUUUGUUGAUUUUAAUUGUUACUCAAUUUGAUUUAUUAAGGCAAAUAUUUGGUAUAUAG